AUGGCCUACCCCGACGGUGGAUACAAUUCUUCUAUGCGCCGCGUCAACGUGGAGGUCGCUUAUGCAGGUGCCCUUUCCACGCCACCACCCUCUUCGUCUUCCGAAAACGGAGCAUAUUCUAUCAUAGGUGAUUCAGAAAUGUACAGUGAAGACUUCCGCAGUGGGGGGCCUCGCUUGGUUAGGUUACAAGGAUGGAUUACAGAUUCCGAGGGCCAGCGAAUCACCUUUGGUGAUCCACGCGACCCAGGAAAUUUUGUUAUGGACCACAAAGGCAGAUUCAUCGGUCUUUAUGUUGGUGGAAAUCGUGGUAGAAACAUCCGCCUCGUCAGUGAUGCGCAGGAGCUUUUCGAAGACAUAAAGAGGGUGAUGUUGGGAUACUCCACUUUAGCUACAACUCGCACUCAUUACCCAAGGAUUCCUUGA